GUGUCACUCCGGAAGAGGAGAGAGUCAAACGCUGAGCGCCAUGGCUCCUCCGGCUCCGGGCCCGGCCUCGGGCGGCUCCGGGGAAGUGGACGAGCUCUUCGACGUGAAGAACGCCUUCUACAUCGGCAGCUACCAGCAGUGCAUCAACGAGGCGCAGCGGGUGAAGCUGUCAAGCCCUGAGAAGGAGGUGGAGAGGGACGUCUUCCUGUACAGAGCGUACCUUGCCCAGCGGAAGUACGGCGUGGUCCUGGACGAGAUCCAGCCCUCCUCGGCGCCCGAGCUGCAGGCCGUGCGCACCUUUGCUGAGUACCUGGCCAGCGAGAGCCGCCGGGACACCAUCGUGGCCGAUCUGGACCGGGAGAUGAGCAGAAGCGUGGACGUGAGCAACACCACUUUCCUGCUCAUGGCGGCCGCCAUCUACUUCCACGACCAGAACCCGGACGCUGCGCUGCGCGCCCUGCACCAGGGCGACAGCCUGGAGUGCAUGGCCAUGACGGUGCAAAUCCUCCUAAAGCUCGACCGCUUGGACCUUGCCCGGAAGGAGCUGAAGAAAAUGCAGGACCAGGACGAAGACGCCACCCUGACCCAGCUGGCUACCGCCUGGGUCAACCUAGCUGUGGGAGGUGACAAGCUGCAGGACGCCUACUACAUCUUUCAAGAGCUGGCGGACAGGUGCGCGCCCACCCUGCUGCUGCUCACCGGGCAGGCGGCCGGCCACAUGGCACAGGGCCACUGGGAGGCCGCCGAGGCCGUCCUGCAGGAGGCGCUGGACAAGGACAGCAGCCACCCGGAGACCCUGGUGAACCUCGUGGUCCUGUCGCAGCACCUGGGCAAGGCCCCAGAGGUGACAAACCGCUACCUGUCCCAGCUGAAGGACGGGCACCGGUGGCACCCCUUCAUCAAGGAGUACCAGGUCAAGGAGAAGGAGUUUGACCGGCUGGCGCUGCAGUACACCCCUAGUGCCUGAGCACCUGCCCCGCACCCACCCCCCACGCCACCAAUAAAUGUCUGGGCUCUGCCGUGUCCCCA